UGUCGCAUGAUGUGUCAUUAAAUGUCUCUUGUCGUUGAAUGUCGCGACUUACCCCAUAAUUGACAAAAACCAUCACCUCCUUGCUUUCAUCCCCACUAAAAGUUGAAACAGCAGCAGUAACUAGAAGUUUAUAUUAUCCAAAUGACACAUUUCACCAUUGCAUUAGAUUGAUUUAAUAGAUAUAGAUAUAUGUAUAGGCAACAUGGCAGUGUUUCCUAAAAUAGACAAGAACUCAAUUAGUGGGGAUAAACAUUAUGUUGCUCCUAAGGCAUUCCCUAUUGGUCCAUUUACUAAAUAUAGUAAGAAUCCAAUUUUAAGACCUGACCCUAAUGUUGAAUUUGAAAGUGCUUAUUUAUACAAUGCUACUGCUAUAGUCAUUGAUGAAUUGGUAUUCAUGUUAUAUCGUGCUCAGAAUCCAGCUAAAUUAUCUUCAGUGGGGUUAGCUUUUUCUUCAGAUGGAUAUAACUUCACUAAAUAUAAUAAACCUAUCAUUAGUGCUACUGAACCAUGGGAAGCAGGUGGAGGUAUUGAAGAUCCAAGAAUCGUAAGAGAUCCUAAAACGAAAUUAUUCAUUGUGACAUAUACGGCUUAUGAUUUAUUCAGAGCUCGAUUAUGUGUGGCUACAUCUGAAGAUUUAUUCCAUUGGACAAAAUAUAGAUCGUUUGUACCUCCAUGGUGGAAUGAUAUUGCUAAUGAUGCUAAUGGGAAACAAUUGAUUAGAAAUGAAUGGCUGAAAUCAGGGGCAGUGUUCACGGAAAAGAAUAAAGAUGGGAAAUACUAUAUGAUUUGGGGUGAUAGUUCAUUAUAUCUUGCUGAACUGGAAGAUUUAGUGCAAUGGAAAUUAACUAAUGAUAGUUAUUAUGGAAAUAUUUUUGCAACUGCCGUAUUCAAUGCUGAAAAUAAAUUAAUUGAAGCAGGUCCAGCUCCUAUCAAAUUAGAUAAUGGUAAAAAUGAAUGGAUCUUAGUAUACAAUGCUGCAACUAUUGGUGGUAAAGAUCUUGCAAAAGAUACCUAUACUAUAAGUCAAAUGUUAAUUGAUUAUGAUCAUAUUAGAGAUGGUCCGUUGGCAAGAUUAGAAAAACCAAUUUUAAGACCAGAGCAAAGAAAUGAAGUUGAGGGUCAAGUUAAUAAAGUGGUGUUUUGUGAAGGUAUAGUUCAAUUCAAGGGACAAUGGUUUUUGUAUUAUGGACAAGGUGAUUCUGAAUUAGGGGUCGCUACCGCUCCUGUUAAUUAAAAGUAACUCUAAAAAAGAACAUGUAUUUUUAUAGUUUGUCCUUAUUGUUUUAUGUUUUUUUUGUUAUU